UCUGGCUAAGCGCGGGCGCAGUUGGAUCGUGGUCUCCAGCACGGCAGCAUUUCGCUCACCGGUCUCUUUACGCAGCUCUCUCUCGGACACCUUUCUUCCUUUCUCUUUUUUUCAACCCCUCUUCGACCAUCUACUUAUCUGCCUAUCCAUCUUACCAACCCCUUUGUUCACCCCUUCCUCUUCCUUCCUUUUACUAUCUCAGGCUCUUUCGCGCGCUCUCUCUCUCUCUUUUGCUCCCGGUGGUUAGUUCCAUCCAUUUCAGUCUGUAGAUCGAGACCAUGCGACACACGCGUCCACGCGACCAAGUGUGUCCGUGUCGAAUGACGAAUGAGUGGCACUCUCGAGGGAAACGGAAGCAGGGACGAGCAGGUUGAUCGCGAGUCGGAUGUGCCGUGUUUUGGUGGGCAGGGUGCGCCGCGCCGGCCUGUCACGUGGAAAUUCGAUUUCGAGCCGAGUUUCGCUCUCUCUUUCGUGGAACGAAUCGAGAAAAAGGUGGUCGAGGAAAGGGUUGUUGGUUGCCUCGGAAGUUGUUGUAAGCUUUCAAGUGAGUGAUUUCGAAGGGUCGGAAAGAAAAGAUCGCGUUAUGCGAUGGGAUUGUUUGGAAGUAGAAUAAAGUAAAGUGAAACGCUUUUCUUGUUGCUGCUUUCGCUUCUGUCGAUGGUCUUAUGAAGCAUCGUGGGAAACGAUCGUGUUUCAGUGAUUUACGGAUGGUUUGGUGUUGCGGUUACGUAGAAACGUAUGUAUUCGUGGGAUGGUUACAUACGUCCAUUGACACGUACGUUAUCGAUCAAAAGCUUGCGUCAAAUUCGACGCGUUCGUCCAGAAAAUGAUAUCAUCCUCCGUUAAGCAAUUUGACAUAUCGUGCACCAGUUGGUUCAUUAAGAAUACUUGUCAGUAGUUUAUUUAAAGUACCGAGCACGUGGUUUGUCGAUAUGUCGGUAACGUUCAAGUAAUUCGAGUUCGAUCGUAAUAAAAUAUUGACCGCGUGAAAAGUUUAAUGUCGCGUUCUCUUCAAUCGACACAUCGAUCAAAAUAAAUCACCUCCAUACCUGUUUCGCCGAUUUAAAAUUUUCAUUGAUCGACCUGAAUAACCUUUCAUUAAACGAGCGGCCAUUACAAUUCUAAUUUUAUGAUUACUCUACACCGGUCUCCUAUGGUAUGCUAAUUUUCGCAGUUUUAAAUACGACAGUGUGAAAGAAAGAAAAUUUGUAAUAACACAUUCAGGCAGUUAACACGUUAACUUGUUAAUCAUCGACGAUCAAUGACCUAAAUUGCAUCACAUGCCUCAAUAUCCACUACGGCAAUCACACUAUUGAGGAUCUAUAAUAACGAUCUAUAUACUGUACUGGAUAUGGCUGAAUUUAGUAUGGCAGUCAACGUGGCGACAAACAACGCGUUCCACGCAUAGCAAACACUGAAUCCUGUGCAAGAUUAUUAAAUAAAAUAAAUAUUAAUUUUCUAGUAGACUGCUCUUUCAAACAGUUUUGUAGGGAGGAAAGAAUAUUUUCCUAGAAAUUUCGAAUCGAAAUCGUAAAAUCAUUGACCUCCUUUAUUCUCGACUGCCUUUCCAUUGAUCUGUUCCACUGUACUCGUUCAAAGGCUCGUCCCGGUGUAAAAUAUCGUACGAAUAACCUGUUCACGAAGUGUUUUGUUCUUAAAACUGCGCAGAAGGGAAAAUUCAAUGAACAUAAUGAUAACUGAAAGCUCAAAAUGGAGCGUGCUCGGUCGGAAACGGUGAACGUUGAAGUCGUGCGAGAAUGAAUUUUUCCCCUGGUGGAAUUGUACGAGUUGCGUGACAAUCCGAGGAACAUUGACAGGAAAAUGCAUCAGAGAAAAAAGGGACACGUGGUUUCGACGUGGACGCAAUAGAGGCGCUUUAUUGGUGACAGCGAGUCAACAACGACCGACACGAACCGCAUCCACAACAACGAAGAGAUACACCCUUCCGCUUUAAAUCGCGAAAUGUAUCGGAAACGAUGGACCGUGAAGGCACUGCGAAUGGAUUUACGGUACAACGGCGAUCUAACCUACUGGCGCGCGCCUGCCCUGGCCAACAUGAUUUGCAUUCUCUUUUUCUCGUUGAUGCUACACGAGGAAGCUGUGCAUAGCUCUCGUCUGGUCGAAACGGACGCUUUUCAAGAAUGGCCAACGCUAGAUUCGAGUCAUUACUUUGAUACAACGACUCCCUCGAACGUGACAGGACUCGUUGGAGAAACCGUCGAAUUGCUGUGUAAAGUGAAAAACCGAGGGAAUAAAACCGUUUCGUGGGUGAGGCAUCGAGACAUCCAUCUUUUAACGGUCAAUUAUUAUAUCUAUACGAGCGACCAACGUAUCCAGAGUAUACACAAUCCGAACACGGAAGAAUGGAUAUUAAAGAUACUGAAUCCUCAAAAGAAGGACUCUGGUAUUUACGAAUGCCAAGUAUCCACUACCCCACCGACGAGCCGUCGCGUUUAUCUCGCAGUGGUUGAGCCAGAGACGGAGAUCGCCGGCGGUCCAGACCUCUUCAUCAACAAGUAUAGCACGAUAAACUUGACGUGCCUGGUAAAGUACGCUCCCGAUCCACCGUCCACGAUCGUCUGGAGCCAUAAUCACGAACCGAUUAAUUUCGACUCUCCAAAGGGUGGCAUCAGUUUGAUCACCGAGAAAGGACCCGUGACUUCCAGCCGCCUGCUGAUUCAAAAGGCCACCGAGAAAGACUCCGGUCUCUAUACGUGUGCACCCAACAACACUCGUCAGAACAGCGUACGGGUUCACAUUGUUAACGAACAUCCGGCAGCGAUGCAUCAUGGCAGCGGCGACAGAACGGCUGCGACGUUACUUCCUCUCGUUCUGCUUCUUUUCGCGAUCAUUUAGCCGGUGCUUGCUCUCUACAAGUGGUCUUCGGUGCGAAUUGUUUCCGCGUUAUCGACGAAAGUCCAUCGACUUUAUCUCCGUUCCAGCGAUAUCUGAACUCGCUCGAUUCGGUGUAUCAUCUCGCUUUUCUUUAACUUUUCUUUACUCCUCUUUCAUACCUUCGCAACGUUAUUGCCUUCUUAAGUACACCUCCUUUCCAUUCGAUUUUAUGUGUUUUAUUCGUUUUUUUAAAAUUGCACAGACUGUUCUUUGAUACGCGAUAUCGCCGGGAAUAAGAUAUCUUCGCGUAUGAAAAACUUGUGUAAACGAUCGAAUUUGAAAAUCGCGUACCUGGAUGCAGUUGCGCUCGAAUAAACGAGAGUUUCUGAUUAACUACCCCCUUCCAGGGUGCUCGGCGCUCGAUACCACAUUUGUUUGGACGUUCGAAGAAACAAAUUUUCAAUUUACGUUUGCACGAAAAUUCGUCGAUUCGAGAAACGUUAGUUUCAAAAUCUGUAUACCCUGCAGGCACCAAUUUAAUUUCUAUAUCCGUUUUUCUUGUCUCCGCGUGUACCAUACAAGAUCGCGCGUCGAUUCGCGUGAAAUUGUUCUUUUCGGUACAGAAACAAAUAUCUUUUUUCUUUUUUAUCGCACGAAACGAGUCCGACAAUCGUUUCGAAUUGAACCAUUGAAUUCGUACUCGUCCCCGUUGUUAGUGCACGGUUGAAAACGUUUUACGUAUCGGACAGGUCUUUUUAACAAGCGUUUUUGCAAACUGAUCAGUCGACAACGAGCAAUUUGACGGAACUUUGAUGACGAAAUUGGUAACCGAGUUACAGCGUGACGUAUAUUUAAUUAAAUAAAAGCACGUUGGAAACAACGACAAAAGGUGCUACGAUGAUAAACUUUCGUCUCCCCUGUUGACGAAAGUUUCGUGCGAUUCCCUCGGCUUCGAUAGGUUCGCUCGAAAGAGGAUAAGCGCCGAAGUGACUUCCUAUCCAGACAAACUCGUUACAUGUUGUUUCUGUCCUCGGCAAAUGGAAUGAACGUUACACGGAGAAACACGAAACCUUUUCUGUCAUAAGACAUAACGCGAGAAAGAGCUGAAUUCAUGCUGAAAAAGGAAUUCAACCCUUUCGCGCUCUUGGAUACGUCUUUUCCAUCGAGAGAUUUCUCGUUGCCAUUCGAGCAAAGCGGACGUGAAACGCGACGAAAGCGGGCAAAGAAUGGACACGUAGAGGACUCUCGCGCACUUUGUUCGCUUCGGAUUCGUGUGCUCGAGACAUACUCCUAGUUUGCUUACAGCUUCUCAUUCCCGAGAAAAAGAAAUUUGUAUCGAUCUUCGGAUUGCACGAUUGACUUUCAAUUUACAAAAUGUCGUCAUUAGUAUUUCAUCGUUUAAAAACAUUUAAAUGUAAUUAAAUUAUACGAAGAUUAUUGCGGUGAAAGAUGAAUCGAAUGUACAUUAAAAUUUGUAAAAUGAAAAUAAUUUUAGUAUUUUAGUAUUAUGAUAAAAUUUUAUCGUGUCACCGAAGCAUCGUUUCCAGUCCAUUUCCAGUUCACCGUAAAAAGAAAUAUUUCUAAAAGUACUAAAUUUGAAGAAAUGGAUUUGGAUGAGAAACACUACAGUGCAGCUGCCAUUUCGUUUAUAGUCCAUUUUCUCAACAAAAAUUUCGUGAAAACGUUAAACUUGGAAAAUUGGUUUGCGGCUAAAAAACACUACUUUGCCGCUUCGGAACCACUUUCAACCUACUUCGAGUUCGUCUUUUUAAGGAGAAAAUAUAAAUCAUAAAAUCGUGUGUCUUUCAGCCUCCGGAUCAAAGAAUAAUCGAAUAUUCGAGUAGAGAACGUUAAUAUAAAACGCAGCUGUAUUUCGUUACCGAUUCGUUUCGUAAAUUAACGAGAAAUCGUAAUGCGACUUUCUUGGUAAACAGGAAACUGAAACUUCCAUUUUAUUGUUGAGAUAAAAAUGUGUUGCCGUUGUACAGAGAAGCGUAGCAACGUGUGCCACGAGUUAAGGAAAAACAACGCUGCUAAAGGAUUAAGGAAAGAAACGAAAGGAACAGUUUGCUCGAAAGCUGUGUCGGGCCAUUCGUACUGAUUCCUACUUAAUUUUGCUCUUUUUUUUACCGAGUCUAAACCAUCGUGAUUACAGUGAACUGCGAUUACUUCCUUUUCCGCAGUUUUCUUUCUACGUUCGAGUUACUGUUUUAUCGUUCACAAGUUCGUCGUGAAAGGAACGGAAAUAUCGUUCUACGAGCAAAUGGAAGGAAAAUAUUUGCCCGACACAAAAAAAAACUGUUUUGACAAUAUGAACCACGGUGGAGAUUAAUUCUUUUCGCGGAUAUCGCGACAGAAUAAAUUGAAAAUUUAUUGUAUCGUUUGGUUUAGAAUAUGUAUAUCGGCUGUUUGCGGAGCACGAAACGCAAACACGACGCGCGUGUUUGUUCUCGUAAUUUAAAAUUAUAAGAAAACUUGACAAAAAUUCCCGAAUUCGAAGCGCGAAUAUUUAGAAUCGAGUAUAUCUCAUUUGAGCUCAACUUACGGUAGCUUAAAUAUUCGCUCGCGGAAUAUGAAAUUCGAAGACAGCUUUGUUGAAUCUAAAUCUUUAAUAUUUCAUUCCCUAUUCUGUACAUUAUCGACACUCUGCGCGCUCGCGAAGGUUAAAAGCAAGGUAAAGUUUGUAUUUCAAAGUCGCUUCCUUCCUUGCAUUUUUCAUCGUAUCGGUUGCGAAACACAAAUUUCGAGUUUAAGCAUAAGCGUUAGUCUCGCGCGAACAAAUGUACUGAUCGCUGUAAGUUGGAUGUAAUUGACUGCCAUUAUCUGUGCACGUAAUAAUCGCAUUUCUGUUGUAUCUAAGGGACCAUGAAGGUUAAGGAAAGACAAAUGGUCCAAUUCUCCUGAUUAACAAGCGUUAUUUGGAAAGCGAAAGACGGGCGUUCUUGAACCACGGAACAAAUUUCAUGGUACUCUUUCAAUGGCAUCAUCAUACCGUUAGCUGUAAGCAUUUUUACAAGAUUCGAAGAAUAACGACAAAAAUAUUGAUUAAUCGUUGAACCGAACUGUACGCCGUAUUUAUCGUAGAUAGUCGUAAAGGAUAAAUAUAGAUAAGUUUUCUGUAUCGAAGAAAUUUUUUACAAAUGUACAUAAAUAGAUAAGUAA